AUUCGCACGCAAGUUGUCCUUCCUCUUCUCGUUGCAACUCUAUCUCCAGCCGUGCACACACACACACUCACUUACACACGCACGCACGCACGCCUACCCCACGCAGAUCCAGAACAACAUCUCUGCUUUUUCCGCCAGCUCCCUACCAUCCUACUAGGGAGAAAGAAGCGGGUUGAUCACCCGAUUCGUGAAGCAAGCCUUUUCCAGUUUUUGCAAGCACCUCUAAGCAGUGAUGGCUCUGCAGAGGACCCACCCAUUGCUUCUGCUCUUGCUGUUGACCCUGCUGGGGCUGGGGUUGGUGCAGCCCUCCUAUGGCCAGAAUUUCAUGUACCAACGAUUCCUGCGGCAACAUGUGCACCCUGAGGAAACAGGUGGCAAUGACAGCUACUGCAACGUGAUGAUGCAAAGGCGGAAGAUGACUCUGCACCAGUGCAAGCGCUUCAACACCUUUAUCCAUGAGGACAUCUGGAACAUUCGUAGUAUCUGCAGCACCACCAACAUCGCGUGCAAGAAUGGCAAGAUGAACUGCCAUGAGGGUGUAGUGAAGGUCACAGACUGCAGGGAGACAGGAAGUUCCAGGGCCCCCAACUGCAAAUACAGGGCCAAGGCAAGCACUAGGCGCAUUGUCAUUGCGUGUGAGGGUAACCCAGAGCUGCCUGUGCACUUUGACGGAUAGAGGCCACCCUGCAGGGGCUAGGGGCUGUAGCCAGCAGCUGGCCUUUAACUUACUCCUUGAAUAGCAGUCAGUAGUGCAUCGCAGUUGUCCCAGGCUAUUUCUCUGCUUAGUUUGUACUCUUUUUCUUUAUGUAGCCCAUCUAUUCAAUACAUUGCAUCAAAGAGAGGUGGAGACAUAACCCUGUCAUGUCUGGGCUUUUCUAUACCAAGCUUUCGUUUAUAGUCCUGGUCAGUUUUCCUCCCUCAGAGCCCAUCUUCUGGAAUUUACUCACUAUUUGUUUGUAUAUAGCAUUCAAGCAUUUUCAAAGAGCUUCAUGUGAGUUAUCUCAUUUUAAUACCACGUUGCCUUCUGAUGCUGAUGGUGCUGUUCUAUAUAGAAAGUUGAAGUUGAGAGAUUUGCCGUGCACUGUAUAAUCAGUAAAGAGCUGAGACAAAAUAAACCCAGUUUAAGGCUACUCAUCCAGGGCUUUUGCUACUUCAUCACAAGGAGGUGUUUAUAAAAUGUUUGCUUUGGUUACCCACUAAAGUCAGCUGUUGGAAAAAAGCAUUAAUUAUUUGGGAAGAUAGGCAGCUCUGUAUUAUUUGCCAUUGUUAUUAUAUUUGGGUCUGAUAAGAUCAAGAAAUGAUAGAGAAAUUUUCUUUUUCUCUUCUUAAACUUUCAAAUUACCCAAUAAGCCAGAGUACUAAACAUGUGCUAGAUCAUUAAGACUCAUUUACUUUUCCUGACUGAAGGACUUUUCAUGUUUUUCUUAUAAUAAAGAGCUUAAACUGCAGGUAUUUAA